AUGCAAAAAGCCAGAUUUCAUGGUCAGCACUUUGGGAUCUUUGAGAAAAGCUUGCGAACUGACGAUUCCACGAAAAACACUACAACAGAACAGAGAACCCCUCGCAUAAACGAGACAGAAGAUAUGGAGGAACACCUUGGAAAGAAAACACAACAACACGAUAUGGCGAAUACAGCCGAAGGAAAGCGGAGACAGAGCGUAUUUUACACGCACGAAAUCAAGAAAAUAAUGGACGAAAUUUUGAAGGAGAAACUAUCCACUCAAUUAUAUGACGCCAAUACCUGUAGGGUUCUCUGCAUUAGUUUGUCAGAGGAUAUUAAAAGCCGAGUAAAGAAUCUAGGAAUGGAGAGAUUCCGUUUGAUAUGUAGCGUCAGUAUAGGAUCGAACUGUGGCCAAGGUAUUUUGAUGGCUAGUCGGUUUCUUUGGAAUGACUUCAGAGAUAAUUUUUCGACUUCUUCUUUUCAAAAUGCGUCUUUAUUUGCUGUAGCUAUCGUUUUCGGAGUUCUAAAAGAGUGAAGUGACAUUUGGAGCGAUGAAGAACACUGUAGAAAUCAGGCUGAAUGGAUUAAAGCUUUAAACAGCAAGUGAUGAUCAUGACUCUAUGUAACCGUACCGAAGUCUCAAGCCAAAUGAAAUAGAUAGAUGGCAAAUUUUCUUCUAUGAUUUUACCCUUUUAAAGGUUAUCUCCAUGCUGGGUCGUAAAAAAAUAUCAAAAUUAUCAUAUUAAAAUCGGUGAAAAUGAUAAAACAUCCCUUGCAAUCAAGUUUCGGUGAACGAAGCCGUAAAUUUAAAUAACAAAGAUAGUUUUGAAUUUCAUGACUGAACUGUUCUUUUUAAUGAAUUGAGGCAAAUUUUGUUUUCUCCGCUGUUCUUAUGGUGACAUUUCAUUAAUUUUUCUGUUUUCCUCUGUCAGGAACUAAAAUAUAUUAAACAAUAUGAAUUAUUGACUCCAACGUUUAAUUUGUUGACUUUUUUAUUGAAAUAAGCAAUUUGGAAUGAAAAUAAUCACGGUGAAAACCUUUCAAUCUACAUGAAUCAAAUAUCACGCCUACGUCCUCUGUAAAUAAUACCAAAUAGGUAUAAGAUUUUAAUUGUCUUCGCGCUCUACUGGGGAAAAAAGUCCAGCAUCGAUUUAGUAUGAUUAUUUCACAUCAUAUAAUUUGAGUUUUUCAAGCGUUGCGCGAAUUGCACACUCGAAUGAGAAUUCUCACGGCCGUCUGCCAUUCUGGAACCCAGACCUCUUACAGUCACACAGCUGGCUAACAACAAGAAGUCUCCAGGGUAGAGCAAGAAUGAAAUAUUUACAAACGCAGUUAGUUAUUACAGAUUCUUCAAGUUUUGAACUCAGACCAUGGUCGCUUAUUCGAAUUCGUCAGCUAAGGUUGACACGGGCAUAAAUAAUAUAUACUAUAAAAAAAAACGGGUGGGAGAUAUUUUUCAAAUGAAUUCGCACAACUUUCGAAUAACUGAGUAGAGAAACCGUAUCGCAUAUGGCAUACAGUACUCCAUUAUAUAAAUGAUAUCUCACGAUAAACACAGUAUUUAGCUGGUGUGUACAGAAAAGGUUAGGGGCCCGCUUGUCUACCCAACCUAUAAUUUUCUUGAAACUCAAAAAACUCUUUCUCCAAACUCGGCGAGUUAGAUUUUUAAUUUUAAUGUCUUUGUCGGUCAUAGAUAUCAAUAUCUAUGAAUCAAGUACCGAUUAAAGGAUUUCGUGAAAAGUAAUAUCAAAGACAGAAAUAAAAAAAAAGUAAUAUCAAAGACAGAAAUAAAAAAAAAGUAAUAUCAAAGACAGAAAUAAUAUUCCCAGACGCGAGUUAUUUAACAAGGAUUCUACCCUUGACGUGCAAACGCACUGCAAAGAGACAAGAGAUCUUCUUAUACACGAACUUUUUUCAAGUCAUCCACCAGGCUUAAAUAUACGGUAAAUACAGGAUUCGUAAAAAGAGAAACGCUACCCCUCCUGAGAACGAAUUCAUCACGCUCCACGUUUAAUAAAAACGUACAGAAGUUCUAAGUAAGCUUAAAGAAUCGAGGAUACUCAGGUGAAAGUUUUGAGAAACGUAUCUCUUGAGUUAUUUUCUGCGGGAGAGAAAGGUUACUUAAAUACAAAGUAAAUAGUGUACAGGAGAAAAUAUUGCCUUUUCUAACAAAUUAGCGACUUCUCUGCUCGCAGAGUGAUCAUUUAUCAAUUUAAAAAAGUAAAAUCGUCCACAAUUACAUACAACGCUAAACCAGAGAUCGCUUUAUUUCUUCUAAUUUUCCUAUUUGUUGCUUUCUUCAUUUAUUUUCGAAAACACUGAUUCCUUUCAAAAUUUCUAACCGCCGCCCCCUGACGCGCAUGACGUCCUUAUUCUAACUAAAGAUCAGAGCUUGCCGAUGUUAACUUUCGACCCGGCUGAUGCCAGUUGGUGUUACGGCGUUGCUCUUCUUUCAUACAAGCCGGUCCAGCUGCUCUUCAUACAAGCCGGUCUAGCAGGAUAAAUGUCAUAAUUUAGUAUUUUCAGUGUUGCGUGAAGGCAGGCGAAACGGCUUGCACAAUAUCUGCACCAUUUCGGUUGCCAUUGUCACUUGUCACCAUUCCUGGUGACAAGUUAUGUUAGCAAUCCCAGACACAACGUCCAAUCCUAACCACAAAGAGUAGAUAAUGAACCACAAUUUCUUUGAACUUCUGACCUUCCUAUAUUUAUAAUCUCUUGACCCAGACGUUUAUUAAAUCCUUAAAAAAAUGUAAAGGAUGCUCAGCUACGUCAUCAAGUUAUUAUAUUGCUUCUUCAAGAGCCUUUUGUUGUCAAUCAAAUUCUCCUCGUCUGUCAUAAGGUUAAUGAAAAACCAAAAAGGAAACAAAUUAUGAGCUAAUCAAAAGACUGAUAUCGGUAUUUGAAGCUCGCAAAAUCGUGUAAGUUUUCGCCUUGUUUCAUCACGUUUCUAAUUGGAGGGAAAUCCUUGGAUAAUGAGUAACAAGACUGGGACAAGAAGUCCAGCGGCAAGAUUAAGAAGUCUGGCUUUGAGUAGGUCUGUUGGUAGACCAAAACUACGAAAAGCUUUGUCGGUAAACAGCGAAAGUGAGCUAUUAAAGGCAGUCGCUGGGACUUCACUUACGACAGGCAAAGAUUUCGGCGUGAGCAAAACCCCGCCUUUACAAAGGAAAGCACUAAGUGCCUCUGAAAAUGUACUUUCAAUCAAGUUACAGGCCAGUUCAUUUAAGGAAUACGACAGAGAAAUCACGACUUCAAGCAACCAUGCGGAAAACGUCGGUAAACAGCCAAGGAGUGGCAAAGAGUAUCAAAAAACAAACAGUUUGGAUCGUAAGGAUUUAAACUCGAAAAUACAAGAGAUAAUUCGCCAGAGUUUGUCUGCGCACCUCGAAAGUAUGGAAUACAAUCACGAAAUCUGCGGCAGCAAGUGUAGAACUAUAAGCCAAUCAAUAGAGAAAGGUGUCAAAUCUCUUUACAAUACUCAAUACAAAAUUACAGCUCUGGUUUACAUCGGCGCUAUUCGAGACCGAGGAAUUGAAAUCUCUAGCCAAUGUGUUUGGAAUCCGAAGACAGAUAACUUUGCGAUGGCAACACUUGACACCAAUUCGCUGUUUGCAACAGGGAUUGUUUUUGCUACGUUAUUCAAUGAUGACUAGAUGUUUGCCCGCCGAUUUUUAGUUCGUGAGGGAAUCUUGGCUCUCCCGCAGGAGAUGUUAUUAUUUUUUCACUUCAAAAAUAUCAACAAUAGAAAGAAACAGUGGGAGACAAGUUGAAAGAGUUAUUCAUUGAUAGGGAGAUAAUUGAUGGUGCGAUUAAAAUUAAAAAUGAGAAUGCUGUUGUAAAUUGUUUGAAAAUAGGCAGCGAGGCGCUUCAUUAAUCUUAAUUGUUUCUCAAGGUUCAAUAUCUCAGGAGAACAAAGAACUAAGUUCUCGAGUCCUUUCUUUCAAAGAAAGUCAUGAAGUGUAAAUGGUCAGAACUUUUAAUUUCAGUUUUAAGUUUUCAAUGUCAGUAUUUCGAGACUGCGUAGAACCAACAGGAGUUUUACAGUUUAUCGUAUCAAACUCAAUAAACAAAUUAAGGCCAUAUUCUAAAGCCAAAAUGCAUUUGUGUAACUUAUUUGGAUAAUUUAUUCACGUUGAAUCCACUGUUUGACUUUUUCGAAAGCGAGACUCAUCCACUGUGAAAAGAUUGAAAGUUUAUUCAGUUGACUCUUCAUGGUCCUUAGUGAGUGGUUCUUUUAAAGACAAAACAAAUGAUGGACAGGCAGACAAAGAAUCGCAAACAUCUCGGAUUUACUUCAUGUAAGUCAGAUAUCGUACAUUUUUGUUCUUGGACAUUAUCUGUUCCUCAAAGCUCACAAGUUUCCUCGAGCUUCGCUCUCAGAACUGACUGUUCGCAUCUUGUUUUGGAUAAUGUCCGCGGACAAACCGCCGCGCAUGUUAAAUGGAGGCUAUUGUUUAUAUUUCCCAAUAGGCAAUAUUUCUUCGAAACCAGAGGAAAACUCAAACGAACUGAAAAACAGGAAAAAGUCUAACAGAACCCAGUUGUUCAAAGGAGAGAUAAUUCUAUUCAACGGAUAAAUCGCUAUCCAACGAACAAGUUAUAAACAAAACGUACUGUGCUAUCCACUGGAUAGAGAUUGAUCAAGCACUAUUCACCUCCAAUUCGGUGAAUAAUUACUAGUUCUUCCAUUGAUAGGACUUUUCCUACCCUAUAUCAGUAAUUGGUGCACCCGGGGGUGGAAGUAACGGAAACAGUUAAAUAAAUUUGUGUACCGCUUUCUCAUGUCUGAAGCUCUAUAUGUGGCCACCGACAACCUGGCGCUGUAUAUUGGCUGGUCUCUGAGUUGUCUGCCAGAUGCAGCUGGAGAGCAAUUCAGCGCCCCCCUUCUCUAAUAAGCUAUCCCUUAUAAGCGCCAAAUUUGUCUUUGAUGAUAAUUGCCCCUAUUCUAAUAAGUGCCCCUGUUGAGAAAGCAUCCUCAUUACAAUGAGUGUCCUUAUACAAAUAGGCGCCCCUGUUCCAAUAAACACCCCUAUUCUGUUUCAGUAAUAACACUGUUAGAGUACAAUACAUUGAGGUCAAUUGAUGUCCAUCUUCCUUAAAUUGCUCAAUUAAAGCUUCACAACUUAAGAGUGGUCUUUGUCUCAGUCUCUCAACUAUUCUGUCGCCGUGAGUGCACAGUUCCUUCAAACGAAAGAUCCCGUCUUAAAAUUUUACGACGAUUGCUUGGUUAGUCGUUCUGGCAAGGAAGAUUCCAGGGAAAACAAGUCCGUUUUGCGGUCUUUUCGAUCCUAAGUCCUAAGUCUUUUUCGAUCCCAAGUAAACAUAAAAGCUUUUCUGCUGUUUCUCAAAAGAGAUUAAGCGCCCUGUUUCAGAAAAGCAUUCCCCCCAUGAGAUACCAAAAGUAAAUAAGUGCCCCGGAACUUUCCAGAGGGUACAUACAUCACUCUGUGUCGAUGAUAUCUGGUGCUUCUGUUUUCUACUUGGCAAAGAGUUAUUAUAGUAAUGAUAGUCUGGGCUCUGUUAACAUAGCAAUUAGUGAGAUUACAGCUGCAUUUUUAGAUAUAUCUAACAUACUAGGAGAGGAAGGAAGUUUUUGAGUUUCAGGGAGGCACCAGUUUUCACACUCGGUCGUCAAGUAAAGCAUUCCAAUAAAUCAACGAUGAAAGUAGAAACUCUUACCUAAGUAAGUGAAGGAAAUCAAGGUGGAAUGAAUCAAAAGUUGCAGUUUCGUUUAAGUUUUUGACAUAUGUUAAGUUUGCAAUGCUUCAGAUAUGCUUUUUACAACGGCUGCGGAAUUGGCGGUUAAAAUUCAGCUGACUAUACCGGUUCAUCAGGAAUGACAAAAGUUUUACAUCACGUAGACUUUCUAAACGUAUAAAAAACUGAGAUUCUAGGAGCGCACUAGAAAACCGAUAGAAAAUUGAGGUUUGCUUUUGUAAAAGCAUUACACCGCACUUUCUAUCGGCUUACCAGCGUAACAACCCACUUGAGCUGUUGGAAGGACAUUCAAAAAGUUUUUAAAGCACUCACCUCUGGAUCAUGAUUCCCAUUACUUUCUCUUGCUUCUACCCCACUGCGACCCUGUUUCCAUGGUCCUCUACUUCGACGAACGAAGUCAAUUUUCUGUCUUCUUAACCUCAACCUCAAGCUUGCCUGAUACUGAUACAUCUACAAUCACGGACCUAGCGCGUCACACAGUCACGGUUUUAGGUUUGUCUCAACUUAGUCAAUGAAAUGUCGCUCCAAAUAUUUUGAACAAUCAUUUCAAUUUGUUAUACGCAGGGGUGAUAUUGGCUCAAAUAAAAGGCUGCUGCUCUGAAUAAUUAAUGUAUGACAGGCAGCUAACAUUACACAACUUCCCGCUGUUUGUGUUCUUUCAAAAUUUGCAGAUUCUGAUAUUAACUCCAGAUUUUAAUUCACCUGCUUCUCUCAUUUUGUUACCAUAACAACAACUGCCAAAUCUAUCUUUUCUCACUACAAAUAAUGAGCGGCAGAAAACGUUUCGUUCAGGAUCAUAUUUCAUCAUUUUGCAAAGGUUAGCGUUACAAGGAAUGAAUCUACUGAAAUCCUGGCGAGGAAGUUUAACUGAUAUUUGUCUGAUGGAAUGCUAAUUCAUCAGUUUCGGAAUAUAUUCUUAAAGUCAUUCUGUGUUUUCUAAUGGAAUCAAAUCGUCAAAAUCGUCGAAAUAUGAAGGACAGUACGACAAGUAACCGAACUUAACUGCGGCAAAAAAAAUCAUGGCAGCUUUAGUUAAGGCUAUCGAGCGAAAGCGAUUCAAACAAGCCAAACUACUUUUGAAACUUGGCGACAAUGUUAAUCAACAGGAACAAUUAUCAGGAAAAACUCCUCUCUUAGCGCUUUGUUUCGUAGAGGACGAGAAUCUAGCGUGUCGUAUGACGAAGAAGCUACUUCUUAGAGGAGCAGACGUUUGCAUGCAAGACGAACAUGGAAUGAGUCCACUUAUGCAAGCUUGUAAGCUAGGUAAAGAGAAACUAGUCAAAGUUCUUAUUCAGAGCGAAGAGUGUGAUUUUGCUGCUGCAGACAAAAUGGGGAAUACUGCGCUUAUUUACUCCGUUGAUGCUGGUAACGCUGUUAUUACUAAAGCUCUCACAGAAGCAAUGAAUUCCUACGAUAUAAGAGCUGCUGAUAAGGCCAACAAUGACGGUGAAACUCCUCUAAUUAGAGCGAUGAAACUCAAACGAGAUGACUGCAAGGAAGUGUUAUUAAAUGAUGGGAAAGCGUCCCCUUCAGCCCGCGAUUUUGAUUUAAAACUAAACGCAAAAGAAUGGGAGAGGUAUCUAAAAGAUAUGGGCGAGGAUGAAAUAAAAACUGUAGAGGAUAAGGCGAAAAGAGUCCGCUACAGGGAACAAAGUAGAGGUUCAUGUGUGAAGUCAAGGUUCUCAUCCAUAAUUGAUUAUGGACAGGAUGUGAAGAGUUCGACCAAGCUAGGAACGCAUUCAGUCAGCUUUAAUCACAACUGUAACGAUAUUAAUUCUACCAAGAGGUUUUCCCAAAGGACAAAGUCUGCUCCUUUGGUGAGUUGCAUCAACACUAACAAACGCCAAUCGACAUCUAAGAUUUUCCAUUUGGAGUCAAGUGAUGUUGUAAGGAAAAUUACUGAAAUUAAUUUUUCAGAAAAGGGAAACAGUCGAUGCUUUGAAAAACAGACGAACAAAGGCGAGAUGAUUUCAAACCACAACAGUAAAUCAGUCAGAACCCCAGGGAGGUCAUUCAAGCGUCAUAAUAAAUUGAAGACAUACCCAGUGAAGGAAAUGCUUCCUUCGACUGCUGCUGUCACAGAAAAACAAAAGAUGGCAUAUGAAAAGACUGGUGAAGACAGUGGAGACGGGUUAUCUUUUGGUCAAAGCCAUAUACCUCAGCUUUUUAAUCUGAUGACUCAGCAAAGGACCCAUUCAUUCCGGUCUUCAGCAAAGACACCAGCCCCCGGAGAGCAGAGAAGCAAGUGGUCGAUCCGUGAAGGGAAAGGAAAUAACAGGAGAAUAUUUUCUGGAAGGAACUCAACCGCGAUGCAAAAGCAGUGUCUCUUAGGCAGAAGAUGGUCCACAGCUGAGUCUUCCCUUAUUGCGCUCGAACGAUUUCCCUCGCUUUACAGUCGUUCGGAUUUCCAAGCGUUAACUCUAGACAACCGCAUGACUUUGGAAAAAUCAGCUUUGAAAACAAGACCAAACUCUGAACUAUUAAGCCUAGAUGAGCUAGUUACAAAAGGAAAGAAUUUAAACAGAAAAUCAAAAUCACCCACUAUAUCUCCUAGUUUUUUUAGGCUAAACAUACCUCUCUCAGCAUCCCUUCCUGACAGCAGUGGUCACGGACGGAUAAAAUCUUCCAGACCAAGAUAUACAAAGCGCAAUAGUGACCCACUCCCAGCAGAUAGAACCUUAUUAAGUGGGUCGUUGAGGACAGUGACUGCAGGCCCAGUGAUCGAGGAGAUAGAGGAAGGAGGGGAUAACGAGAUAUGA